AUGCCGCAGCCGCUGAGCUCCAAGGAGAACUCGCUGUUCCGCCAGCUGGUCAAGAACUACGAGACCAAGCAGUACAAGAAGGGUAUCAAGGCCGCCGAGCAGAUCUUGAAGAAGACGCCCAACCAUGGCGACACCCAGGCCAUGAAGGCCCUGAUCCUCAAUUCUCAGGGCCAGACCGACGAGGCCUUUGCCCUCGCCAAGCUCGCUCUCAAGAACGACGUCAAGUCGCACAUCUGCUGGCACGUCUACGGCAUCCUGUACCGCUCCGCCAAAAACUACGAUGAAGCCAUCAAGGCCUACAAGUUUGCUCUGCGCCUCGAGCCCGACUCGCUGCAGAUCCAGCGCGACCUGGCCACCCUGCAGAUCCAGGUCCGCGACUACCAGGGAUACAUCGAGAGCCGUCGUGCCAUGCUCAAGGCCCGCCCCCAAAUACGCCAGAACUGGACCGCCCUGGCCGUCGCCUUUCACCUCGCCGGCCAGCUCUCCGAAGCCAUUGACAUCCUCGAGCGCUUCGAGCAGACGUUGAAGACCCCGCCCGCACGCUCCGACAUCGAGCACUCCGAAGCCUCUCUGUACAAAAACACCGUCAUGGGCGAGAAGGGGGAUUAUGAGGCCGCUCUGAAGCACCUUGACUCCAUAUACAAGGCCAAUGCCGACAGAACCGCUGUUAUGGAGCUCCGUGCUCAAUACCUUCUGCAGCUGGACCGCAAGCCCGAGGCUGAACAGGCCUACCGUGAGCUCCUCGAACGCAACGCCGAAUACCGCGCCUAUUACGACGGCCUCGAGAAGUCUCUCGGCCUCGAUCGCUCCAAUGCGGAGAGCGUCGACAAGCUUCUUGAGCUGUACAAAUCCUACGCGGACAAGAACCCGAGAUAUGAUGCUCCUCUCAGAGUGCCGCUCGAUUUCUUGGAAGGCGACCAGUUCCGCGACGCCGCCGAUGGCUAUCUUAGACGUAUGCUAGGGAAGGGCGUGCCGUCGACCUUCAACAACGUGAAGGCGUUGUACCAGGAUCCUGCAAAGAAGCAGACCAUAGAAGAGUUGGUGCUUGGCUAUGAGUCGGAGGAGCCCAAGGAGACCAACGGCGAGUCCACGGACCGUUUCACGCCCGCCGUUUUCUACUUCCUUGCCCAGCAUUACAACUACCAUCUCAGUCGCGACCUGGCUAAGGCUCUGGACUACAUCGACCGUGCGAUUGAGCUGGAUCCUAAGUUCGUCGACUACACAAUGACCAAGGCUCGCGUGUGGAAGCACUACGGCAACACUCAGAAGGCUGCCCAGAUCAUGAACGAGGCCAGGGAACUGGACGAGAAGGACCGAUACAUCAAUACCAAGUGCGCCAAGUACCAGCUGCGCAACAACGAGAACGAAAAGGCCAUUGACACGAUGAGUAAGUUUACUCGCAAUGAGGCUGUGGGAGGCGCAUUGGGUGACCUGCACGACAUGCAGUGCAUGUGGUACCUCAUCGAGGAUGGCGAGGCCUACUUCAGGCAGGGCGAGCUUGGCCUUGCGCUCAAGCGCUUCCAGGCCAUUCACGACAUCUUCGGCGUUUGGGAAGAAGACCAGUUCGAUUUCCACACCUUCUCCCUUCGCAAGGGCCAGAUCCGGGCAUACGUGGAUAUGGUUAGGUGGGAGGACAGCGUUCGCGCGCACCCCUUCUACACCCGCGCUGCUGUCUCUGCCAUCAAGACUUACACCCUUCUACACGACAAACCGGAGCUUGCGACACCUCAAACGAAUGGUUCACCUAGUACGCCUGGAAAGAAAGCCAAGAGCCCGAAGGGAGAGAAGAAAUCGCCCCCCAAGCCGGCGGUUGACGCCGAAGGCGUGCCUAAGAAGGAGGACACCGACCCUCAAGGCGUCAAGCUCAGGGAGACGGCCACCCCGCUGGAAGAUGCCAUGAGAUAUGUCAGCCCUUUGCUUCAUAACAGCCCCAAAUCUAUUGAAGCACAGAACGUCGCUUUUGAGGUCUUCUUCCGCAGGAGAAAAUGGCUUCUUGCGCUCAAGUGUCUGCGCUCAGCCCAUGACAUUGACCCGGAGAACCCGACCUUGCACCACCAGACUGUGCGUUUCAAGCAUACCCUCAACACUCUUCCGGAUGGCGAGAAGCUCGAGGGCCCAGUGAAAGCCGUGAUCGACAGCAGCUUCACCAUCAUCCCGAGCGGCACGUCGCCCGCAGCCUUCAACGCGGCCUAUCUUAAGAAGCAUGCCGACAGCGCAGCGCAUAUGUUGGCCGGCUACAAGGCACGCUUUGCGCUAGACCCCAAGAAGAGCGGCAUCGCAAACGAGAUCGAAGCCCUGCGCCUUCUGUCCAAGGACGGUGUCAGUUUCACCUUGGAAGACGCGCGCGCCAUGCGCGACUCGCUUCGGGAAUGGGGCAGCGAGGAGGAUGUCUUGAAGAGAUUCGAGGAGGAGGCCAGCAAGAAGUGGCCCGAAGCGGUCUUCUAA